AUGUUCGACCGAGCCCGACCGGCCCACGCGCACGGCCUGGCCUCGACCGCCACUCUCUGCGGCGGAAUCGGCACCGUCGGCGCCCUCUGGAUCCUUCUGGCACUCCUCGGCUUCCUCCCGACGGUCGGCGGCACCAACCCCUACCUUGCGUAUCAGCGGGACACGUACACGAAUGUGACCGGCCGGGAUCUGCAGCUCGAGGCGGGACGCACGACUUCCCUCUUCAAAACCAUGACCGAGACACUCGACCUCGCCCGUACCAACAUCGCGAGCGGCGUCAAGGAGGACGAUCCUGGGGUGUUGCUACUAUUUUGGGACCAGUUGAAGCCUAAAAAUGGCUACAAAUACAGCCACAGCAGCUGCUCGUCAUGA